UCCUCCCCGCCCCGCCGCGUCACUGCCGGAGCGGCCCAAGAUGGAGGGCGGCGGGCAGCAGCUCCCCAGGCUCAGGCGCCAUUUGCGACAAGGGACAGAACCUUCAUCCCCGCUGCUGCAGCCGCUGCUCCGGGGCGGUGGGACGGCGGAAGAGUCUACAGCUGGAGAGAAGAAAAAGAAGCCCCCUCCCAGACUGAACGUUCAUUCUGCGUUCUGGAUUUUGGCUUCCAUUGCUGUGACAUAUUACUGUGAUUUUUUUAAAUCUAUUAAAGAAACAAUUCAAGCAGAUAGUUGGUGGUUUGCCUCUGGCAGUUGUUUAUUGGCUGCAUGUUUAUCCAUUGCCUUUUACUGCAUUAUAUACCUUGAGUGGUAUCGUGGAAUUGAGGACUACGAUGUGCAGUAUCCUGUACUGAUACCUGUCACAACUGCCACUUUUAUUGCAGCAGCAGUUUGUUUUAACGUUGCCUUAUGGCCAGUCUGGUCAUUUAUCACACCUGUGGUGUUGUUCAUUCAGUUUAUGGGUGUUGUGAUGCUUGUGUCACUCCUAGGAUAAGUCUUACAGCUUCAUGUGGAAGAUUCAAGUAACAAUUAUCCUACAAAGUGGAUGUUGCUUUAGUUCCAUUCCAGACUUCUGAUUACUGAGCUACCUGAUUUUAUAAAUGAAACUGACAUUAACUCAUGGUUCAAACAGUGUCUGCAAGAAGGCAGAUGAUUUAAAACUAACUGAAAUAUAGAUUUUAUCUUAGUAACAUGAAUGCAUUUCAUGCUUUCUUUGUAACUACAUUAUAAAAGUGACUUAUUAGUCAUUCACUUAGUCUUAAAUCCCAUCUGGGGUCUCCAGAGGUCACUUAGUCCAACUUUCUGCUUGAAGCAUGUUGACUGGUUUAAAAAUAAGUGAUGCUUAAAUUUAUGCAUUAUGGGUUUUUAAUAUAUUAUUUUUACAAUUGAAUUGAUAGCUAAAAUACUAAUAUUUGGAAUCUCUUUGAGCUUAUAAACUUGCACAUAGAUGACAACCGAGGAGGCAUUUAUUGAUCCACUAAAUUUAUAAUGUUAUGUGUGUUAUAAUGAAGGAAAUAUUUCAUUGAUCUAACCACUUGACUUCAAAUAUGUAAGUAUUUGAAAGAAAGAUAUGGAUCUGGGUAAAAGUCUAGAAAGCUGGUUGAAAUUUACAUCAUUGAUAGUCCGACAGUGCCAACAGUGAAAUAAAUGGAUUACACUCAUAUUGACAUCAUUUGUCUACAGCCAAAGGUUGGUUAUCAACCUGUGAGUAACCAGCAAUACAGUGAACAAUAGGAACAUUGUGCAAGAAAUAAAGAGCACAAAGAAAACUAUUUUGAUGUAUGCACUAUGUUUUAGUAUUCUGGAUGUUUUUAUUCAAAAAGUCACUUUUUAUUCUUUAAAGUGCCUGUUAAUAAAAUUGCCAUUUUUCCUUCCUCAGCAAUAGAAGUCAGUAUCAAAUUAAAAGCCAUUACUCACAUACAGCUGGGUAAAUACAAUAACACUGUCAGUUUGUUUAGCUUCGCUGUGAUACUUAAGUAUCUGGGCACCAUCUAGUUUUCAGACCAUUUUAUAUAUGUCAUUGUGUUAAAUACUUUUCAUGGAUGAUAGAAAUAUGUAAAAGCUGGGUAAUGAAACAUGCUUUACUCUUUGUGGCUUGAAUUUUGGACAGUUAGAAGAGACCAUGUUUGUUAUUCUGACUUUCAGAUUCACAUCAUUGCUGAAAACACCAUAUGUGAAAUGUUUAGUAAUGAAAAAUGUAGGUGUCUGAAGUUACUGCUGUUUCAUUGAAGAAAAAACGUUGCUGUCAGGGUGCAAAGUAAAGGAUAAGUCGAAGCAAACCAAAAUGCAUCCAGCACUAUUGCUAGGUAGCUUGUAAACAGCUUGAUUUUUAAAAAUAUAUAAAAAUAAUUAAGAAAAAAAAAAUCAAAAAUAGUUGUUCUGAAAAGAUCUUCAAAUAUUCAUCUUUUAACAAAUUCCAACAGUUUUAUGUCUGCACACAUGUGUCCUUUGAGUUACUUUGUUCUUUGUGAUAUCUAAACGCACUGUUGCUCAGGGAUGGUCAAAGUCAUUGUAUUUUUAUUUAUCAACUAUGUGAAUGCUCUGGGUGCUUUAAGUUGCUUUGUCCUCUUGAAUUAAUAUUUGCUACAUGUCUGUUUCAAAUGUAUUCUUCUGGACAUCUUAAUAAACUUUGUAUAAAAGUGAUCAA